AUGCCUCCUCCCCAGGACGGGGUCCAUGACUCCGCGGUGCGGGCCGCGCUCCUCCCGCCCCCGGCUCCGCGCCGCGCGGCCGUGAGGCUCCGCCCGCUCCCGCUCCUGCUCCUCAUCGCCGCGGCAUUCGCGGCCUCCUACCACCUCCUCUUCCACCUCUCGCCCGCGCCGUCCUACUACCAGUCCCUCCUCUCGCUCGGCUCCAACGACACCGCCGCCGCCCACCUGCACGCGCUCACCAUCCGCCCCCACCUUGCGGGCACGGGCGCCAACGCCCUCGCUGCCGCGCACGUCGCCUCCGCACUCUCCUCCCACUCCUUCCCCACCCGCCUCACGAGCUACUCCGUGCUCCUCUCCUACCCCGCGCACCGCGCUCUCUCGCUCUCCGCGCCGGAUCGCGACACGGUGCUCUUCGCUCUGAAGCAGGAAACCUACGCAGGCGACCCCUACGACGCGGUCUCCGCCGAGGCCGUCCCCACCUUCCUCGCCUACGCGGCCUCCGGCUCGGUCGCCGCCGAGGCCGUCUACGCCAACUACGGCCGCGCAGAGGACUACGCUUACCUCGCCGCGCGCGGCAUCAACGUCACCGGAAAGGUCGCCGUCGCGCGCUACGGCAAAGUGUUCCGUGGCGAUAUCGUCAGGAACGCGCGCGACGCCGGCGCCGCCGCGGCGGUAAUAUACACCGACGCGAAGGACUACGCGGCCGGGAAGGCCUUCCCGGACGGACCGUGGAUGCCGCCGACAGGCGUGCAGGUGGGUAGCACGUUCAAGGGGGUCGGGGACCCCACGACGCCGAUGUGGCCGUCGUCGGAGGGCUGCGAGCGCCUGAGCAUCGCGGAGGCGAUGAGCUCCGAUGACAUGCCGGGGAUACCGGCGCUGCCGGUGUCCUGGAAGGAUGGGGAGACCAUACUACAGCUCAUCGGCGGCGAUGUGGCGCCAAAGGAUUGGCAAGGAGGCGAUGGCGCGGCGGCUUACAGGAUUGGGCCCGGCCCGGCAGUGCUCAACCUGACCUACAUAGGGAAUGAGACGAUGGUUACUAUUCAGAAUGUCAUUUCGGUGAUUGAAGGGAGAGAAGAACCUGAUCGGUAUGUAAUCCUUGGAAAUCACCGUGAUGCAUGGACAUUUGGGGCAGCUGAUCCGAACAGUGGGACAGCAACCUUGCUUGAGCUAGCUCAACGGUUGUCUGAGCUGCAAAAGAAGGGCUGGAGACCUCGACGAACCAUCAUCUUGUGCAACUGGGAUGCCGAAGAGUAUGGAUUGACAGGAUCCACUGAAUGGGUCGAGGAGAACAGGGCAAUGCUAACUUCAAGAACUGUUGCUUACCUAAAUGUUGAUAUUGCGGUGGAUGGUUAUGGAUUUUACGCAUCUGCAACUCCUCAACUUGAUGAAUUGCUUAAAGAAGCUAGUAAGCAGGUCCAAAAUCCAGACAAUGGGACACAGAGUCUCUAUGAUCUGUGGAUGGCUUCUAACAGUUCUCCUUUGAUUGGAAGAUUAGGAGGUGGAGGAUCAGAUUAUUCUGCAUUUGUUCAACACAUUGGUAUUCCAUCAGUGGACAUGACGAUUGGGUCAGACUAUGCAGUCUAUCAUAGCUUGUAUGAUGACUUCAUCUGGAUGGAAAAGUUUGGAGAUCCCUUGUUCCAGAGGCAUGUUGCAGUUGCGAGCAUGUGGGGGCUUGUUGCUCUUAGGCUCUCAGAUGAGGAGAUCCUACCCUUCAACUACAGCAAUUAUGUCACGGAGCUUGAGAAUGGAGCAUUAGGUAUAAGUGAAACAGUACUGGGAAUGUCUGUCAGCUUAUCACCCCUGCACAAGUCAAUCGAAGUGUUCAGAAAGGCAGUUCUGAAAGUGGAUUCUGAAUUGAAGGCUCUACAGACAUGGAAAAUUUGGGCCCCAUGGAGAAACAAUCCCUUGAAGGUCAGAGAAAUCAAUGACCGGCUGAUGAUGACCGAACGGGCGUUCACAGACCGGGAAGGACUGUCUGGACGGCCAUGGUACAAACACCUGAUUUACGCACCUUCACUGCACAACGAUUACGGGGCUCAAGUGUAUCCAGGUGUUGAUGACGCCAUUCAGAGGGCGAAGAAAAUAAAUACUUCUGAAUCCUGGCAAUCUGUACAGCAUGAGAUUUACAGGGUCUCUCGAGUCAUAAAUCAGGCAGCGCUAGUUUUAAGUGGAGGUCUAACUUGA